UUUUUUUUUUAUUUUUUUUUUUUUUUUAACUUUGCUAUUCAAGGAAAGAUGGAUCGGCUUACACAGUUGCAGGAUGCCAUUGACAAAUUGGCUCUGCUGUUUGUCUCCUCGCUUGAUCACCUUACCAAGAAUGCACCUUUAGUUCCCCUCAACUCAGAAGUGCCUGUUGUCACAGUACAUGGCAUGCCACAUGAACAACUUCAAAGUACGUAUGGCUUUCCUCCGUUUCCUCAAUACCCAUACCAUACCAUACCAUAAUAUCAUUCCAUACCAAUGUCAUAUCAUGUCAUAACAUGUCGAUACAACAUUGCCAUAAAUUGACAUAUUCACACCACACACAUACACAUAACAUAUACACAUACACGUAUAUAUAAAAGGCUCCGCACAAGAACUC